AUGAAAAAGUACUUCCUGAACAAAAUGUCUACCGGCAAGCGUCUGGCGAAGCGGUCGAUCGUCGGCACCCGCGUGUGUGCCCCCGGCACCGACGGCAUCUGGUACUCGGGCAAGAUCGAGUUCGUGAAGACGGCCAACGAGCAGCAGUCGAAGGAUGCGUCGUCUUCCUCGGCCUCAGCCUCAGCCACCGUCAUUCCCGGCCUGACGACACCGGCCCGGUAUACGGUGCGGUUCGACAACAUGAAGGAUCUGGCGGCCGGCGAACUGGGUCUGGUGCGCGAAUUCCGCGAAACCGAACUGAUCGGGCCCGGCUUCCGGACGAUCGCGGACGUGAAGCUCCGUCCGGGCCAGAAGGUCUUCCUGACCUACAACGGGCGUGAGAACGCCGGCGAGGUGCUGACCCACGACGACCUGAAGGACGAGGUGAAGGUGCGCAUCGUGGUCGCCGCCAACGCAGCUAACGGAGCCAACGGUGCCGCCCAAGAGGCUCCGAUCGAGCUGACGAAGCGCCUCGAGGAAGUGCGUCUGCUGGAGUCGCGCCGUUCGCUGCGUCUGGCCGUGCAGGAGAAGGACACGGACUUUGCGCGCCUGGCGGACAUGGCCGGCGGCGAUCGCCGACGGCAGUCCAACAGCAUCGAUGUGCCAUUCACGCUAACGCAACAGAACGGAUCUCGCAAACGGCGGCCCUCGUACUCGCAGGACGAUCGAGAGUACUACAGUAUUAACGACGACGAUCCGAUGGACGAGUGUAACGCCGCGCUGGUACUUAUGAGCUUGUCCUGCUCGCCGAACUCGUCCGUACACGGUUACGAAACAAUACUGGGGACUAGCUCGGGCAGCAGCACCACGUCCUGGAGCACGGGAUCAACCUCGCCGCCGCUGAGCGAGGAUGGACAUUCCACACCGCCAACCCAUCACCAUCACGAGCUGAGCCACCAUCAUCAUUACCAUCACUCGCACCAUGGCGGCCGGGCUUCGCAUCAGGGCGGCGGCGGCAACGGUGGCAACGGUGCCAACGGAGGCGAGGUUGUGCGCGGUGCCCGCACCACGUCCCUGUCGACCAGCGACGAAGGCAUCGGCAUGGAGUACAACGAGGACAUGCCCCGGAAGCGUCGGGCCAGUCAGCGUAUCUUCAAGUGCACCUGGAAGGGUUGCGGCGUCAUCUACACCACAUGCUCCGAGAUCACGGCACACGUUAGGAACGCGCAUCUUGGACCCCGCAAACCGAACGAGUACAGCGACGAGGAGGACUUCUUCUUCACCGAAACCGAGGAUGAGAGCGACGAGAGCGCCCCGAAUCCACCUUCGCCGCCGACCCUGAGCCACCGCGAUAUGGCCCGUCCACCGCACGAGGAUCCGGAGUACCAGCGCCAGAUCGUUGGCAACUACCGCCAGGGACUGCUGUCCCAGUCGCAGGCCCUCCAGGCGCAGCAACAGGCUGCCCAGCAGCAGCAGCAGCAGCAGCAGCAUCAGACACAGCAACAGCAGCAGGUCGCGGCGAUCAAGCCGCCCCUGCCGGCCGGCCUGACGGUCGCCGCGCUCAGCGGCACCAGCAGCAACGGCACCGGCAACGGCGGUGCCUCGUCCAACGGUGGCGGCACGAACGGAUCGAGCUCCAGCAGCAACGGUAGCAGCGUGUCGCCCCUAAUGCAUCACAACUACAUCACAACCUGGUCCCAGAUCAGUCCGACAUCGCCGCAGAAGCACGUGCGACUGUCGCCACGACCGCCGGCGUCGUAUCCGUAUCCGUCGCCGAACUAUCAGCAUCACUACCAGGCGCAGGUGGCCCAGCAGCAGCAGCAACAGCAGCAACACCACCAACAGCAGCUCGGCCACAUCCAGCUGUCGCCCGGCAGCGGCACCGGUGGUAGUGCCGGCAACGGCAGCACCGCUGCCUACCAGCAGCUCCUGGCCGGCGCUGGUGCCGCCGGUCUCAACCUCGGCUCGUACAGUGGCAGUGGCUCCGCCGGAGGCAGCGUGUCCGGUUCGGCGGCUGCAGCGGCGGCCGGUGGUGGGCCCCAGCACCGGUCGCCCGUCUCACCGAACCGGAGGACGCGCGGCGAGAACAAGAAGUGCCGCAAGGUGUACGGGAUGGACCACAAGGAUCAGUGGUGCACGCAGUGCAAGUGGAAGAAGGCCUGCAGCCGCUUCGGGGACUGA